CCUCGGCCGCCCAUUCCCUUCACAUUUCCAAUUUCUCAUUUCCCUCUCUCCUUCCUCUCUCUCUCUCUCUCUCUCUUUCCUUCACCCCCACCGACCAUUUCCCCAUUCAGAACCCCCACCCAAAACCUAACCCUAACUCCUCGAAACCCUAACCCUAAUUCGAUGCUCUGCUAUCUUCGCUUCUCCAACUGUUCGCGCCGCUGCGGGAGUCGGUGCGGGCUGUGCAUUUCGCCGGUAAUCUGUCCGUGUGAAUCCCCAUCGAAACCCUAACCCGGCUCCGUCUUAUGCAUCGGGGCUUCGGAAACCCUAACCCUAGGCUCUGCUAUGUUUCGCGGGAGUUCCGCUGCUGCUGUUGCUGCUCUCUCCUCUAAAUGUUGGCGCCGCUGCAGGACGCGGUGAGCUCGUACGCUUCAAUUUGUCCGUGUAAAUUAGAAAAUGGUGGAAUUAUUAGAAGAAAAAGGUUGCCUUUUGGAUUUCUAGUUGGUAGAAAUGCACAGAGAAGAAGAUGGAGAAUUAGAGCACAUGUUAGUAAUUCAGAUGCAGAUUUAUUGUGCUCGACGAGCAAAGCGCAGAAAUUACUGGUCUCUGAUAGAUUAUCCAAUGAAUUGGUGUGCGAGGAAUCAAAAUCAGACUCGGUUGAAGAGCCCAUUAAGACGGGAUCGGCAUCAACCUUCACAAACUAUCAAGAAGAUCCUUUAGUAGAUAAACUAAGGACACAGCUUGGAUCGAUUCAUCCGAUCCCUUCACCUCCCAUUAAUAGGAGUAUCGUAGGCUUCUUUGUGUUCUUUUUCUUCGUUGGGGUUGUUUUCGAUAAGUUAUGGACAUCCAGGAAGAGAAAUAAAUCGGUUCGAGAUGUUAAUCCAGGGACUUGGCCGCAGGUGCCCACGAGCUUCUCAUUGUUUCUUGAGAAGGAUCUUCAGAGAAAAGAGUCAGUGGAAUGGGUUAACAUGGUUUUGGGGAAAUUGUGGAAGGUUUACAGAGGUGGGAUUGAGAAUUGGAUUAUUGGGUUGUUGCAACCGGUGAUAGAUAAUCUUAAGAAGCCGGAUUAUGUACAAAGGGUCGAGAUUAAGCAGUUCUCGCUUGGUGAGGAACCGUUGUCGGUUAGGAAUGUUGAGCGCAAGACUUCUCGCCGUGUUAAUGAUCUGCAGUACCAAAUUGGUCUUCGUUAUACUGGUGGUGCUCGCAUGUUGUUGUCACUGUCCUUGAAGUUUGGUAUAAUCCCUAUAGUUGUACCAGUUGGCAUUCGUGAUUUUGACAUUGACGGGGAAUUAUGGGUAAAGUUACGAUUGAUUCCAUCUGAACCUUGGGUAGGGGCUGUUUCAUGGGCUUUUGUCUCUCUACCAAAAAUCAAGUUUGAGCUUGCACCAUUUCGCCUAUUCAAUCUCAUGGCAAUUCCUGUACUUUCAAUGUUCUUGACAAAGCUUCUCACUGAAGAUCUUCCUCGUCUUUUUGUGCGUCCAAGAAAGAUUGUCCUUGAUUUUCAGAAGGGCAAAGCACUUGGUCCUGUUUCAGAUGAUCCUAAAGCUGAUGCGGUUCCUGAAGGAACUCAAAAUUUCGUCGGGGAGUUAUCAGUGACUCUAGUUGAUGCUCGGAAACUUGCUUACGCCAUAUCUGGGAAGACAGAUCCAUAUGUUAUUCUUAGCCUGGGGGAUCAAGUAAUUCGAAGCAAAAAGAAUAGUCAGACUACAGUCAUUGGGCCACCCGGAGAGCCAAUAUGGAACCAGGAUUUCCACUUACUUGUUGCAAACCCUAGAAAGCAGAGAUUAUCGAUCCAAGUAAAGGACUCUUUUGGGUUUGGUGAUGUCACUGUUGGCACAGGAGAGAUUGAACUAGGCUCUCUUCAAGAUACAGUACCAACAGAUAGAAUUGUGUCUUUGAAAGGUGGCUGGGGAUUUUUCAGGAAACAAUCAUCUGGAGAAAUAUUACUACGUCUUACAUAUAAGGCAUAUGUUGAGGAUGAAGAAGAUGAUGGGGUAAUAAAACUAGCUGAUACUGAUGUAUCUGAUGAUGAGAUAUUAGACUAUGAGCAAACAAACAACCUUUCUGGAGAAAGCAAAUUUGAAAAAGAAAGAGAAUCGUUUAUGGAUGUACUAGCAGCUUUGCUUGUAAGUGAGGAAUUUCAAGGUAUAGUAGCAUCUGAAACGGGAUUUUCCAGAGCUUCUGAACAGUCUAGAUAUCCACUGUCCUCAGUUUCAAGAACAGGUGGUGACAAUGUAGAGAAUCUUCUUGUAUCUAAAACCAACUCUAGAGGUCCAAGAGAUUCCACUUUAAUAUGGCUUGCCGUGGUAACAAGUGUAGCCGUGCUGAUUUCUCUAAACAUCACCGGUUCGAGUAUUUUCAAUCCAUGAUGUCAUAAACAUGCCUUGCUUUGCUUGAGCCAAGCCCACAGAUAAUAGUAGAUAGGGUAUCCUACAUCUCUUUUUUGGAAUUUAUAGCGCAUUGGUGAUAGAAGAGGAAGUGCUUGUUGCGGCAUUUUUGUUCUUUCGCCUUUUAAUGUCAAUAACCCCUUGUAUCAUAUUAAUUUCUCGCCCAUAAUUUUGUUAUCUAUUGAAUUCUUUGAUGCUGGCCCAUGUGCGUUUCUGGCCUCAUUGUG